GCUCGGGACCCGCGCUUGGGGCCCGGCGCCUCCCGUGCGCUGCGCGGAGAGCGGAGAAUCUGAGGAUGGCAUGGCUUUGAUCGCUCUGCGCGGGAGCUUUCCCCCUCUGUCUGCUGUGCGGAGCUCUGGAGCCCUGGCUGCUGCUGCUGCUGCUGCUGCUGCUGCUGCUGCUGCUGCGAGAAACCAGCCUGCAAACCCUGCCCACGGGGGCCUCGCCGAGUCCCGGCCUCCGUGGUUCUGCUCGCUGCAGCCCGGGCCUCGCAGGCUCAGGUUCCACCAUGCCAGGAGGGAAUUCCAUUCGGAAAGCGGAAAGGACCCGCAUCUCGCCGGCCAGCCGCCGCCGCCCGCCCCGGUGCGCCCCUGGGACGCGCUUAAACAGACCCUGCAACGGGAGAACGAGAAGGCAUUGUCCCGCAGGCUGCACCGCUGCGCCUCGUCCGAAGACGUGUUAAGUUUUAUAAGCACGCUGGAGACCCUGCCGGACACCCUGGCAGCCGCAGCUUUGCAGCAGAUUUGUGAAGUGGAAAACAGGCAAAGGGAUGGAAGUCUGCCCAGAGCCGUCCUGGAGCAUAGUGCCUUCCGAGCCUUGUGCUUGCGGUUCGAGCGAGCUCCCUCUGAGCUGUCCAAUGCUGCUUUGGUGACCGCCCUGCGAGCGCUCAUUCUGUUGGACACAGAUCCUCGGGGUCACCUGAUCAUUAAUUUGGUGGCGGAGUGCCACAAUCGGCUCAGAAGAGGUGGCCUGGGACGCCACCAUCUUUGUAUUCUUGGAGAAAGUCUGAUUCGACUACCAGGUGUGGCGUGGGAGGUGCUGGAACAGGUUUUAUGCCAACUGCAGGGUGAAAAAUUGGAAACAUUUACCCCAGAGGAUACUGUGGCCAUUUACAGAAUACUGCAGGCAUGUCCUGACAAAACAGACCAACACCAAACGUUUUUAAAUGCAAUAAACACCUUUGCCCUUUCAGUAGUUUACUAUCUGAGUCCUCGGUCUAUUAGUCAGAUACUCACCGCGCUAGUAGUUCUUGAUCAAAUGCAGGCCAUUCCGCUGGUGAUAAAACUGGGCAAAUCUGUUGUUCGGUACAUUCCUUAUUUCACAAAUGAAGAGCUCAGAAAUGUUUUGGAGGCGUUCAUAUACUUUGGGCACUAUGACAGGUUUUUCAUGAAAGCCCUGGAGCAACAUGUAGCUUCUCUCUGCCUCACCUUGGAUUCUGCAGUGACCAGCAAAGUGAUGGAGUACUGUAGUAAAAAACUGAUUCUUUCUAAACCUAUUUUCAAUGCAGUGGCGGAAACUUUUGUUUGCCAACCAGACAAGUUUUCACCCACUCAGAUUGUCGAGCUAAUCGAACCCUUUGGAAAACUUAACUACCUGCCGCCCAAUGCCACUGCUUUAUUUACAAAGCUGGAAAAUGUGCUGUUCACUCAUUUCAAUUCUUUUCCACCCAAAACACUGUUGAGACUUCUGCACUCCUGCUCGCUCAUCGAGUGCCAUCCUGUCAACUUCAUGGCCCGACUCUUCAGCCCCGUUUUUCUUCAGCGUCUGCAAGGUGAUCAAUUGUAUCUGGACAGACUGAGCCUGGCCCAGCUGACCCAGCUGUCCAUGACCUCCAUCCUAGAGUGCCCUUUCUAUAAGGGUCCGAAACUUCUUCCUAAGUUUCAAGUGAAGUCGUUUCUAACGCCCUGCUGUUCCUUGGAGACCCCGGUGCAUACUCCUCUUUAUAAGUCCGUCAUGAUGGGACUGAUUGACCUUUUAGGGUCAAGAUUGUAUUUCGCCUCCAAAGUGUUGACGCCGUACUGUUACACCAUCGAUGUGGAAAUUAAAUUAGAUGAAGAUGGUUUUGCAUUGCCAUUCACAGCUGAGGAAGAUGUCCAUAAAAGGGUAGCUCUGUGCGUUGAUGGGCCGCAAAGAUUUUGUUCUAACAGCACACACUUACUAGGCAAAGAAGCGAUUAAGCAGAGGCACCUGCGGUUACUCGGCUACCAAGUCGUUCAGGUGCCCUGCCACGACAUGGAGGCGCUCACAUCCAGACUGGAGGUGGUGGAAUACUUACAGAGGAAAAUAUUUUCCCAGAACUCGGCUCUGCAGUGGUAACUAACAAGAAGGAAUUCCGGCUCAGGACUCAGCGAAUGCCUGUCUUCCAGCUGUCAUCCCACUUUGUCCACCUCUCAAGUACCUGAGGAUGCCGAUAGGAGACACCAUGCCCAGCCCUAAGAAUUUGUGUCUUGAAGAGACAUGGUUUAAUGGCAAAUUUGCCGCUUUACAGAAUUUUUAGAGGCCCCUGAUCUGAAAAGGUCUUUGGUUUUUCUUAUAGCCUGUGUAUAUUGAAUAGGGGCAGAUAUAAAAUGAAUUCUAAUUUAAGUAUCAUGGAUACCUUUUGCACACCAAACAAAUGAAUGGAGGAUAUAAUAAAGGAAUA